AUGGCUACACUGUUAGACACACUUCCUACCGAGCUUGUCCUCAAAGUCGUCAACCAUCUCUCACCUGCAUCUGCUCGCAAUGCCGUCAGCCUCAUGAGCGAUUAUGCGCGUCUCUCUGUUGAUUUUGCCUACUUCAACGCGGAACUGAACGACAGCCAACUCGUAGUCAAGUACGAAUGGGCCAAUGUCGACUUCCGCUCUCGCUCUGACAGUGACGUCUUGGUCACUCAGAACAGAAACCAACCCGUCAUCAACGGCUUUGUCUCAGCCCGAGAGCAGACCUUCACUAAUCACCAGUCGCUAAUGGCCACUUGCGCCAUCGUCGAAGCAGGUGCAACUCUCACGCGUCUCGAUCUGCACGGCGAGAUCCAUUUCGAUCUCGAAACUAUCAUUGAGCUGAUGAAUCAGUGUGACAACGUUGUCCAGCUCUUUGUGUCUAACUGCACUGCCGUCAUCCCGGACAGAUUCCUGGCGGAGUUCCUCGAUGGCGUGAAAUGGAGUCGUCUGAAGGCGCUGGACAUCCGCCCUUCCGUUCCUCAAGAGCACCCCAACGGACACAUGAUCCAAGUCAUCCCACACCAGAAACAAUACUUCGUUGCAAUGAUCGUCAAGUACGCCCCAACCAUUGCCCGUCGCUUUCCCAUGAUGCUAGAGCACGACUCCAUGCUCAUCGAGACCAUCUCGAUUGCCAUUCAUGGUCGUGUGAAGCCUUCUCCGGAGAUCAUUGCUCUGAUCAACACCGCCAAAUCUUCCGGCCUCGUUCCAUACACUGGGUCCAGUCACUCAACGCUCGACUACUUUGACGACGUACCAGAGUUCAUACACCCCGACUGGCUCCACCUCAACGUCUCGUACCGAAAUGUCGCAGUUCGUCUUGCAAAGCUCUUCAUGAAACGUGCCAGCACAGAGACCAGGCUAUGCGAGGUCCAUGGACAUCUACCUCUCUUCUGCUUCAGCAGAUCUGAGCGCACUUCCGAUGAUUCUCAGUGCUUUAUGGAUUGGGCUCGCGAUGAGUGGAAGAGCCCUAACGAUGACUCAGUCAACAUGGUCAACAGCAUGCGCGACCAAGUGCGCGCAAAGAACUCUGUCUCUCGUACCAGUCCUGCCUGGAGUCCCCUCCCUCACAUGUCCAAACUCUGUGGACCUAUCGAGCCUUCUGAACGCCCUGAGCCUCUUGUCCGUAACGAUAUGUGGUCACGAACUUUCAUGUCUGUCAACGAACAACGCGAAGCCAGACCUGCGCUCAAGCCGAAAGGCCAAGCCCUGCCCCCUGCCCCUACGGUCACCAGGCCUACCCCUCCUUCCGGUAGGCUGCCCAGAACUGGCCCUCCUUCCGGCAGCCUACCUAGAACUGGUCCUCCUUCUGGCAACCUCGCCACAUCCACCACUCCCAUGCGCCCUCGUGCCAUUUGA